AUGAAACUAUAUUUUGUUGUUCUACUUUUAUGGUGCCUCGUGGAAAGCGAGUGUAUCGAGCUGGCAGCAUCCAAUCGAUCGCUAGCCGAUGCCGGAAGCAGUUUCGAAGGACGCGGUGAUUGGUACAACGAAGUUGGUUUCCCACAGCAGUUUUUCGGGAGUCGUUUGGUUAUGUUCAAAAUUGCGCUCUUCUAUAUGCUAGCAUUUUUCAAAAUAUACCUGCUCUGGGGUAUCUGGGGUAUUCCACAAAAAGAAGAUGAACCGGAGAUAUCAGGGCUAUACACUGGCGGCUACGGUUAUGGACACGAGUACUACGGCUAUCCGCAGUGGCAAUAUGGAUAA